GUGCUUCUCAUGAAGCUUCUUAUGGGACUUCUCAUUAAACUUAUGAAUUUUUACACCUCUAAAAUAUUUCAUCACAUGAAAUAUUACUUAUUUUGUCAAUUUCAAACUAAUAAUUAGAACAACAAAAUAAUUAAACACCCACACCACAUAGAUUAAGUAGCCGAGGCAUACAAAUAAUUCAAUCCUAAUGGGAAUUGUGGCGUAGCCGUUGAAGCGAGGCAUUCGGAUAAGGGGGAUUCAGAAAUAGAAGUUGAGAGCAGAGAGAGAUGUCAGCAACAAAAAUGGCGACACUAGGACUGAUGGACUGCAGUAAUCACCCGGUGUUCCCUCUCAAAUUUUCAUUAACCUCUCUCUUCGUCAAACCGCACUACCACCACCACCACCACCACCAACGCUGCCACCGGGACCACCGCUACCGCUGCCGCCACCGCACCGCCAGCAUCAUUGCGUCAGUUCACCGCAGAAACUUGAUAGCUCAAACAACGGCACUCUCCCUCUCGCUUUACCCUCUCAUCCUCUCCCCGCGGAGCGCGAGUUUCGAAGAACCUCUCCUCGCCGAAUGGGAACGCGUCUCCCUCCCCAUCGACCCCGGCGUCGUCCUCCUCGACAUCGCCUUCGCUCCCGACGACCUCAACCACGGUUUCCUCUUGGGUACAAGGCAAACAAUUUUGGAGACUAAAGAUGGGGGAAACACUUGGGUGCCACGUUCAAUAUCCUCAGCUGAGGAAGAAGAUUUCAACUAUAGAUUUAAUUCCAUUAGUUUCAGAGGUAAGGAGGGAUGGAUUGUGGGAAAACCUGCUAUUCUGUUGUACACGUCAGAUGCUGGGGAAAGCUGGGAAAGAAUACCAUUAAGUGGUCAACUUCCUGGAGAUAUGGUAUAUAUUAAAGCAACUGGUGAAAAGAGUGCAGAGAUGGUAACUGAUCAAGGUGCUAUUUAUGUUACGGCAAACAGAGGCUUCAAUUGGAGGGCUGCUGUUCAAGAGACUGUUUCAGCUACUCUUAACAGAACAGUUUCUAGUGGCAUAAGUGGUGCAAGCUACUACACAGGCACAUUCAGCACCGUAAAUCGCUCCCCUGAUGGAAGCUAUGUUGCUGUUUCAAGCCGUGGUAACUUCUACUUGACUUGGGAGCCUGGGCAGCCAUACUGGCAGCCACAUAACAGGGCAGUUGCAAGGAGAAUACAAAACAUGGGAUGGAGAACUGAUGGUGGUCUUUGGCUUCUUGUACGUGGUGGGGGACUCUAUCUCAGCAAAGGCUUAGGGAUUUCAGAAGAGUUUGAAGAAGUUCCUGUACAAAGUCGAGGUUUUGGCAUUCUUGAUGUUGGGUACCGCUCAAAGGAUGAAGCUUGGGCAGCUGGGGGCAGUGGUAUUCUUUUGAGAACCACCAAUGGUGGAAAGACAUGGACCCGUGACAAAGCAGCUGAUAAUAUUGCUGCAAAUCUAUAUGCUGUAAAGUUUAUCAACGAUUCAAAAGGUUUUGUGCUUGGAAAUGAUGGGGUCUUGCUUCGGUAUCUUGGAUGAAAUACUAAUCUGCUCAUGGCUUAUAAUGCUGUCACACGGGGCUUAUCAAUUUCAUGGAUGCUGUAAUGUAAUUGCUAUGAAAUCAUUCGAUUUGUAAUUCAUUGUUCUUUGCUAGAAAUUAAUGCUAUUUCUGGGAGGAGAAUGAUCAAAAUCACCGUGGCAUGCCGAGUGAUGUAACAACCUGAAAAUUUUGAUAUUUAUUGGUGUCAUGUAAUUUGAAGUAUUUGAAUGGAUAGCAUGAAUGUUGUUGUUCUUUAUAAUUUGAAUAAAAUUGUGUAUACUUAGCUGCCA